GUCUGAACCGUCAGCGUCGCCCGGAGAGAACAUGGCCUCCAGCUCGGAGAAAGACCUCUCGUGUCCCGUUUGCCAGGACAUUUUCAAAGACCCGGUCGUCCUGUCGUGCAGCCACAGCUUCUGCCGGGCCUGCAUCCAGUCGUGGUGGGCGGAGAAGGAAACACGACCGUGUCCGUGCUGCCAGAGGAAGUCAUCGAAGACCGACCCUCCUCGCAACCUGGCGCUGAAGAACCUGUGCGAGGCCUUUCUGCAGGACGGGGAGCGGCGGGCGGCAGCAGGACCCGAGCACAUGUGCAGCCUGCACGGUGAGAAGCUCAAGAUCUUCUGUUUGGACCACCAGGAGCUGGUCUGCUUGGUCUGCCGGGACUCCAGGACUCACAGCAACCACCGGUUCAUACCCAUCGACGAGGCGGCCCAGGAUCUCCGCCAGGAGCUGCAGAGAGACCUGACAUCCCUCCGGGAGAAGCUGACGCUCUUCCAGCAGGUGACGGGGGACUGCAUCUCCACGGCAGAAUACCUCCAAGUCCAGGCCCGGGACGCUGAGAAGGAGAUCCGGCAGCAGUUUCAGAAGCUUCACCAGUUCCUGGAACAGGAAGAGAAGGCGAGGGUGAAGGUGCUGAAGGAGGAGGAGGAGCAGAAGAGUCGGGCGAUGAAGGAGAAGGUGGAGGCUCUGACCCGGGACAUGACCGCUCUUUCAGACACGAUCAGAGCGACAGAGACGGAGCUGAGAGCCGGAGACGUCUCGCUGCUGCUCAACCACAAGGUGGCGACCGGGAGAGUCAAGCAGGGCCCGGUUCUGCAGGACCCGGAGCCAGUUCCAGGGGCUUUGAUAGAUGUGGUCAAACAUCUGGGAAACCUGACCUUCAACAUCUGGAAUAAGAUAAAGGACAUGGUGGACUACAGUCCCGUGAUCCUGGAUCCAAACACCGCCGACCCAGAGCUCGUCGUGUCUGACGACCUGCAGAGCGUCACAUUUGGGGGGUCGCGAGAGCUGCCGAGCAACCCGGAGAGGACCCGGUUCCCCGGGACCGUCCGAGGCUCCGAGGUGGUGAAGUCAGGGAUUCACAAUUGGGCCGUGGAUGUUGGAGACAACGCCGACUGGGAGGUGGGAAUGCUGGAAGCCGAUGGUGGCGACACAGCAGAGCCGCGGCGGUGGAGGAUUUCACUCAAGGACGGCAGAUACAAGGCGUUGGCUGGAACGGGCUCGGAGAAAGACCUGCAGGAGAGGAAGCCCCGGAAGAUCGGGGUUUGUCUGAACUUCAACACGAGGAUGCUGGUGUUCGUGGAUUGUGAAACAAACACAGUCAUGCACUUCUUCACGCUCACGUUCACGGGAACGAUGUUUCCUUACGUGUACACCCGGAGCUCAUUCCCACUGAAGAUCGUGACAGUCAAGGCUUCCGUGACGACACCGUUGGACAUGUAAGGAGGCGGGAGCAGACCCUGAACCCCGAGACGAGUCAACAUCCCCUGGAAGGUCGUAUCAUCGUCCGCCUCGUUUGCAUUUGACGUUCUUGUCUGACUUGUGGACUUGUGGACUCUGACCGGGACUCGUUCAGCUCCAGCGAGUCUCAGCGUUUCAGUUCCAGAUUAAAAUGUUGGCUGAUCUGUGAAUGUGAAUCCAGGAAAGAUGCUUCUGCAUGAUGAUCUAACAGUAACUCAUGAUGAUUGAUAAUGAUGAUUGAUCAUGUGACUGGUGACGGGACCGUUGUCCCAGACAAUCCUGUAAAUAUUGAUGACUUCAUGAUGAUUGAUGAGGUUCUUUUCAAUUCAGGAAACUCCCUAUAAUCUUAGAGGUGUCUGCAAUUUCACUGUACAAAAAGCUAAAAAAGGAGACGUGUCUCCAUUACUGGAGUUAAAUUCUGGAAUGACGCCAACAUACAUUUAAAAAACAUGUCAUUCUCUUUUGGUUUUUAAGAAAAUGGUUUGUAAAGCUAUUUUUGAAGCUUAUAAGUGCGAUUGACUCUCUGUUAAUGUUUCUUUGCUUUUCUGUUGUUUCUUUGCUUUUAUAUUCUCUUUUUGGUUUUCUGGAGGUCGGUAGCCACAAAAAGAAAGUUGAUAAUAUAGAACGGGCUUUUAUAAGCAGUUUGCUUCAGCCUUUUCAGUCAUUGUUCAACACAUGAUUAUUGGUUUUGUAUGAAAUGCUAAUGCUGUGGAAAAUGUUUUUUUUUUUGGUGUUUUGUGUUGCCAUGACUGAAUACACUUAAUUAAUUAAUUAAUUAAUUAAUUAAUUAAUUAAUUAAUUAAUGACUGGUGUGUGAUAAACAAGCAAAGCCACUCUAUGUAGAAAUACCACGUCUGACCUCAUGGGGGCAGCGAUCACGAGACGAGGUCGUGUUACAAGAGAGGUCGGACCAGACGAGAGCUUGAAAAGCCAGUUUCCUCAUUUCCUCCUUUCUUUGUUUUCUUGAUUUUGCCACGUUAGAAGUGAGAGAAAGAACAGGUCUUAGAGGACGGUUGGGACACGCCCACCAUGUGUCAAUGCCGGACCUGUUUUAGCUUAGCUGACCAGGCUGGUUGCCAUGGAAACACCGUAACUAUCAGAGCUACUCUGGGACAAAGGUUGGGUUGCAGUCGGGUCCGCCUCCCGGCGGCUGAUUGGCUGGAAGUGUCCUGAGAUGAUCGGCUGAUCGGCUGAUUGAUCCCCACUCACCAGUAGAUCUAGAUCUCCCCCACCUGGUCAGAUGUGGUACUGCUACAAGAAGAGUCUUAAAUGCUGCCGGUAAAACUUGGUGGUUGAGGGAAAUAAAAUAAAAAUAUUGAAUCUUUUUAUUUUUUAAAAAUAAAAGAUUUAUGUGCUUUUAAAACUGCCGUAAUAAUAUAAUUUACCUUUGAUAUAAUUUACCUUCUUUGUGAGGGGAAAUUCACUUUGACUUUGGACAGCAGGGAGUUCACAUGUGUUAAUAGCUCAAUUGUAACUAAGACAAUUUCUUUAAACAAUUAUUCUUCAUUUGAGCAUCAUUUUGUUUGUAUUGUAAUGGGAAAUUUUGGUAUAACAAUGUUUACACAAAUCCUGUUUUCAAGUGAACAUUCCUUGGCGAGGUCAUGCUCCUUUGACACAGAGUCUAGCACGGUUGCCAUGGGCGAUAUUUUGUCUAGUUGUUCCCAGCCUGCCCACUAUAAGACAGCGUGUCUCUAAACAUCUUCAGCUCACUCAGGACUGACUGUUCGUCUGAUCAGUUGUACUGUGUGACUCCAUUCAUGAAUAUUUCUCUUUUCAUUAAAACUCAA